CCACGGAUAGCUCAAAAAAGGAUUUAUCUUUUCCUCUCAAAGAAGAAACGUCAGAGCUUCCUCUCGAAAGUCUUUCAGAUCGCGUCAGGUCAGAGCUUCGAUCGUUCUUGUACCCUCCGCCGGUGGCCGAUCUUCCGUUAGAUGACUCGUCCUUUCCUCGUCUGGCAAUUUGAUUGUCCUUGAGUAGGGUUUCGAGAUCUGUACUCGGUUUCCUCUUCUCCGCCCCAACCCCCUCUCCCCGAGAUGGAGAGCCAGAUGUACUGGAAGGCGAGGCUGUCGUUCAAGAACGCCACCAUCGUCGUCUGCUUCCUUAACUUCAUUGCCUUUCUGUUGCUCAUGCAAGGAUUUUUCGCAUCGCCGAAGCGGGGUGCCGACGGCGGCCACCAGAUGGAUCCAGCACAAAUACGGUACAUUUUGGAGUCUGAAGAGAUACGCCGUGCUAUGGAGCCAUUGGAACUAAUCAAGAGGAUUAAGGAAAUCGAACAAGAAGCACACACUCAACCAGAUCAUGAGAUCCAGCAAGUUCCAAAGCAGAAUGCAGCAGUUGAUCUGGCAAAGAGGUUAAGAGACAGGGCAAUGAAUGAUGCCAGCAGUCAGCAAGCUCUCGAGGAAUGGCGGAAGCGUAAGAUGGAACGUGCAAGACAGAGAGAAAUCGAGAAAAACAUCACAACUGCAAGUUAAAGGUUAUUGCAUUUUCUGUUGUGUGCAUACCAUGAAGCCAGCAGUUGCAAAAAUCAUGAGCUCUGAUUACUAUCGUCUUAAUAACUGUUUACAUUAUCAUCUUCUAAUUGUUCAUUAAUAUAUUCACUUCUUCCAGUUAAUUUUUAAACUCUAUCCCAAGCUUAGCCACUAUUUAUUAUUUUUA